CUGAUAGAUCCAUUUUUUUCGAGUAGAUCCAAUAUUUGUUGAAAUGAAGCGCAACACAACGAAACCCUGUUGUUCACCCUGUCCCGUACUUUUGCAUUUUCUUGAUCUCCGAUUAGGAUCUCAAUUUCAUUGUCGGGAAACUUGCUAACUUGCUUAGAUACUGCACUAGAGUGCUUCUCAAUGGACUCCAAAAUCAUUGGUAUAGGGCUUGAAGUCGAUAUCUGGGCGGCAGGGGUAGUCCUGUUUGAGUGCUUGAAAGAGUACCCGCCCUUCAGUGCUAAUGAGGAGAAUGGCCAGAAGGGAAUUGAUACAAUAAAGCGGAGGAUCACGGAGUAUAGAUUUAUGGAACCACCUCCAGUAGAUGUACCGGAGGUGAGCCCAGAGGCGGAAGAUUUAAUCAUGGGGAUGUUGAAAUUCGACUUUAACGAAAGUUGGACAGCCGAGCAGUGUCUUCAACACCCUUGGAUUACCGACCACCCGCUAUCAUGAAUAUAAUGAAAUCCUGCUAUGGUUGGAGUUUGGAGACGGACGAAUUUAGUGUGCAUUUGAUUUUAAACUUGAUACGACUGUCGAUCAAUUCUGUUUCUGGAUGUUGCCGGAGUUUAGGGAUUUGUAGGAUACAAAGCGAUUAUGGUAUGGCAAAUAGCCAACAGGGCGUAUUAUUUAGGUUCUGAGGUUAUGAGCUCUGUUAAAUCUUAUUGGAUUCUUGCAAUGAUGUG